AUGGACGAGGAUGAUAUUUACACAAAAGAUGGAACAGUAGAUUAUCUUGGAAAUCCAGCUAACAAAAGGGAAACCGGAACCUGGAGAGCCUGCCCCUUUAUUUUAGGAAAUGAAUGUUGUGAGAGAUUGGCUUACUAUGGGAUGAGCACAAAUCUUGUGGUUUACUUUAAGUACCAUCUACAUCAGCACAGUGCUACUGCUUCCAAGAAUGUUGCGGAUUGGGGUGGAACAUGCUACAUCACUCCAUUGAUUGGAGCAUUUGUGGCUGAUGCCUAUCUUGGAAGAUACUUGACCAUUCUAUGUUUUUCAAUAGUUUAUGUUAUUGGAAUGACACUCUUGACAUUGUCUGCAUUAGUUCCUGGUCUAAAACCAACUUGUUAUGGACAAGAUAAUUGCUAUGCUACUCGUGGACAGAGUGCAGUGUGCUUCGUAGCUCUUUACCUUAUAGCUCUUGGCACUGGCGGGAUCAAGCCUUGUGUUUCAUCAUUUGGUGCAGAUCAGUUUGAUGAUGCAGACGCAGCGGAGAAGAAAAACAAGAGUUCUUUCUUCAACUGGUUCUAUUUAUCAAUCAAUAUUGGUGCUCUCAUAGCUGCUUCUCUCUUGGUCUGGAUACAAGAACGUGUAAGUUGGGCAUUGGGCUUUGGCAUUCCAGCAUUGGCAAUGGCAAUUGCUGUUGUGAGUUUCUUUUCAGGUACAAGGUUGUAUCGAAAUCAGAAGCCAGGAGGUAGCCCCCUCACUCGCAUCUGUCAGGUGAUAGUGGCAUCUAUAAGAAAUUAUCAUGUUGAAGUACCAAAUGAUAAGUCUCUCUUAUAUGAGAUUACAGACACACAAGAGUCUGCUAUCCAAGGAAGCCGCAAGCUUGACCACUCAAAUGGAUUAAGAUUCUUUGACAAAGCAGCAGUGCUAGGAAAUUCAGGUGAUGUGAAAGACUCAGUAAACCCAUGGAGACUUUGCACUGUGACUCAAGUGGAAGAGCUGAAAGCUAUUAUAAGAUUGCUUCCAGUAUGGGCCACUGGCAUCAUAUUUGCCACUGUUUAUAGUCAAAUGAGCAACUACUUUGUGUUGCAGGGGGAAACAAUGAAUACUCAUUUGGGAAAGUUUCAGAUCCCACCGGCUUCUCUUUCUAUCUUUGAUACCCUCAGUGUCAUCUUUUGGGUCCCAGUGUAUGAUCGGAUCAUAGUGCCAAUAGCUAGAAAGUUCAGUGGCCACAAAAAUGGCCUAACACAGCUCCAGAGAAUGGGAAUUGGCCUCUUCAUAUCCAUAUUUUCCAUGAUAUACGCAUUAACUUUGGAGCAUAUGAGGCUUAGAAUGGUGAAAAGACACAAUUAUCAAGAUCAUGAGGAGAUCCCCAUGUCAAUAUUUUGGCAGGUUCCACCAUAUUUUAUUAUAGGAUGUGCUGAAGUCUUCACAUUCAUUGGUCAGUUGGAGUUCUUCUAUGAGCAAGCCCCUGAUGCCAUGAGAAGCCUGUGUUCUGCUCUCUCACUUCUCACAGUUGCACUUGGACAGUACUUGAGUUCUCUGCUUAUAACAAUUGUGACAAAGGUCACUACUAGGAAUGGGAGUCCUGGAUGGUUACCUGACAAUCUAAAUUAUGGUCACCUUGAUUAUUUCUUCUGCCUAUUGACAGUGCUAAGUGUACUGAAUUUUAUUGCUUUCCUUCUGGUGUCAAAAUUGUACACAUAUAAAAGAACGGUUGGAACUCUCCGCUGA